AUGGGCUUUGCAAAGAACUCUGAAGCAGGGCGGGUGUCUGCUAGUCACCUCGAGGACUUGCAUGAAGUUAAGCUCGAGGCAGGGGAUGCCCCUACUACUCAACAAUGGGAAGAUACAAGAGCCAUGAAUUACCGUAUAGUGAGGAAGUAUGAUAAAUGGGUACUCCCACUCGUCUGGGUCUUGUACAUCACAUCAUAUCUUGACCGAGGUAAUAUCGGCAACGCAAAGACAGCAGGAGCUCAAGAAGACCUCGGGCUGACAACCACUCAAUGGUCCUGGGUUCUUCUCUCAUUUUAUAUCACAUAUACUUGCAUGGAAUGGCUGGUUCUAUGCUGGAAAGUCUUCCCGGCUCAUAUCUAUGUCACAGUUCUUUGUUUUCUUUGGGGAACAGUCGCAAUGUGCUCUGGUCUGGUACAAAAUUUGGCAGGGCUCAUCUCUUGUCGCGUCGCUCUUGGCUUUCUUGAAGCUGGUUUCGGGGCCGGUGUGCCAUAUUAUUUGUCGCUCUGCUAUAGGAGAAGAGAACUUGGGAUGCGUCUUUCUAUUCUUCUAGGAUCGAGUCCAAUUGCAAACUGCAUUUCAGGGGCUUUGGCAUACGGGAUCACUCAAAUAAAGUCUCAUGUCGAGCCAUGGAGACUUAUAUUUCUGAUCGAGGGUGCCCCGGCCGUCAUUAUGGCACCCAUCGUAUGGUUCACAUUGAUGGAUACACCUUCGACGGCAAAGUUUUUCAAUGAGGAAGAACGGACAUUUGCAGUCGAGCGUAUGGAAACCAAAGACACGACACAAAAAGGCUCUCUUUCCAAAACACAAUUAUUUGCCGGAUUGGCUGACUACAAGAACUACUGUCAUGCAAUCUUGCACUUUUGCUGCAACUAUUCAUUCGCCGGCCUGUCCAAUUUUCUUCCAAUGAUUGUUAAAUCAAUGGGAUAUAGUUCUGUUGAUGCGCAAGGUCUUACUGCUCCACCCUACUUGGGAGCCUUUAUAGCCAGUAUAAUUGUGGCAUGGCUUUCAGAUAGGUUCGGCAAUCGUGGAUGGCUCCUAGCGGGCUCUGCUUCGAUAAGUACAAUUGGAUAUGCACUUCUAGUUACUCAACAUGGAACGGCAGUUCGUUAUGUCGCUAUAUGGCUGACUAGUUGCGGCAUAUUCCCUGCUCUUGCAAUAAAUAUGACUUGGAUGCUGAACAACAAUGCCGGAGAUACCAAAAAGGGAAUUGGAAUGUCAAUUCUUGCGAUUAUUGGACAAUGCUCCUCCUUCCUGGCAUCUUUCAUGUUUCCCAAUAGCGAUGAGCCAUUCUACGUGAUGGGCACUGCAGUUGGGUGUGGUCUAUCUGGCCUCAUUGUCCCAGUUGGGCUUUUUAUGCAUUUUGCCUACAAGGCAGAGAACAGACGUAAAGAUCGAAAGUUCGGCACGCCUGGUCAAAGAGAGGGCCCUGUAGAUGUCAGCACUGUCGGUGACAACCACAACAAUUUCCGGCUUCUCACUUGA